UUGAAUUGCGUCGUCACAUCCGUCAUCUGGCCAUCAGGAAGUUUUAAAUUCGCUUUCGCUGUCGACUCACUCUCACACAGUGCGAGUAUAGCUAUGGUUACAGUGUUUUCCCGGUAAACUGUUAUUUCCAGCGUCUUUUCAAGCAUUCCGCAGUCGGAGAUUCAUAGCAACUUGGAGUGUAAGCAGUCGAUAAGAAAAAAACAACAACCAACGAACCAUGUUGACGACGAGAAGCUGACACUUUAAUUUUGGAAUGAUCAGUUUGCCUUGAAUGUAUUUUUCCCAUGGAGAAAACUCAGGGCAUGUUACCCGUAAGGGUGUUGGUGUUGUGCCUUUUCUUUUCUUUAUGCAGUUCAAGGUUUUCCAUUCCUCUUAAAAUCUUUACGGGCAAGUUCAACUCUUCUGUAGACCUGGACCUAACUCCCUUGCAAAAAAUUGAAACAUCUGGGAAUGGUCUGUCUCUGGCGUCGGAUCCAUCGGGUAUCGUGAACUUCUUAGACAUGGUCAACAACUUGCAAGGUGAUUCGGGAAGAGGUUACUACAUGGAGAUGUUGAUCGGGACACCAACCCAAACGCUGAACAUCCUGGUGGACACCGGGAGCAGCAACUUCGCCGUGGCCGCUGCGGCACACCCCUUCAUCACACACUUCUUCAACAGAGCCGUCUCCAGCUCGUACCGGUCGGCCGGGCGUGCGGUGGCGGUGCGCUACACGCAGGGCAACUGGGAGGGCGAGCUGGGCACCGACCUCAUCUCCAUCCCCAAGGGCCCCAACGCCACCGUCACCAUCAACAUCGCCGCCAUCCUCUCCUCCGAGGGCUUCUUCCUGCCCGGGGUCAACUGGCAAGGCAUCCUGGGCAUGGCCUACCCUGUGCUGGCGCGGCCGGACUCAUCGGUGGAGCCCUUCUUCAACUCGCUGGUCCGCCAGACGGGCAUCCCUGACAUCUUCUCUCUGCAGAUGUGUGGAGCGGGCAUCUCGGCCAGCACCGGCGCCGACCCGGUGGGUGGGAGUCUGAUCAUGGGAGGAGUGGAACCAACUCUGUACCGGGGGGAGAUGUGGUACACCCCUAUCAUGCAGGAGUGGUACUACCAAGUGGAGGUUCUGAAACUGGAGGUUGGGGACCAGAACCUAAACUUGGACUGCAGAGAGUAUAACUCGGACAAGGCCAUAGUGGACAGCGGCACUACGCUUCUCAGGCUGCCUAUCAACGUUUUCAACGCCGUGGUGGACUCCAUCUCCCAGACGUCUCUGAUCCAGGAUUCGGCAUCAGGGUUCUGGACCGGUACUAAGCUGGCAUGCUGGGCAGUGGGAGAAUCUCCAUGGAGGUUCUUCCCCAAAAUCUCCAUCUACCUGCGCGGAACAAACACCAGUGAGUCUUUCCGAAUCACCAUCCUCCCACAGCUCUACAUUCAGCCAAUCACAGACGUGGGCGGCACGCUGAACUGUUUCCGGUUCGGCAUCUCCUCGUCGGUUAACGGCCUGGUGAUUGGCGCCACCGUGAUGGAGGGCUUCUACGUGGCCUUCGACCGCGCCCAAAAGAGAGUUGGCUUCGCCGUCAGCACAUGUGCAGAGUUAGCUGGGCAGCCGCUAGCGGAGAUCGCCGGGCCCUUCCUGGCAGAGUCGGUGUCGUCGGACUGCGUCGCGGGCUCGUUCCUGCGGGAGCCAUUGCUGUGGGUGCUGGCGUACUCGCUGAUGGGCCUCUGCGCUCUGGUGCUGCUGGUGCUGCUGGUGCUGAUGGUGUCACCGUGCCGACGCCGCCGCGGCAGCGAGAUCACUGACGAGUCCUCGCUUGUGCGCCACCGCAUCAAAUGACACGCCGAGACUUAGAGGGGGGACACUGGAGGACAGUGAUGCUGAACAACGUGUGUGUGUGUGUGUGUGUGUGUGUGUCUGUGUGUCUGUGUGUCUGUAACCUGGGAGAGACUUCAGCCUAGACAAAUGCAGCACUAAGUAAGGGGUUCUGCUGUAGUCAGAAGCUGAAGUGUAUCUCUAUUAUGCAAUUAAGUGAUUAAGUGAUUCUGUGAGACAUAAACACCUGAGCUAUCUGUACCUGUCGAACCUUAAUAAGGUUCUUCUCAUCAUAGCCUAUGUUUCUAUUAGGCAUGUUGGCCUGAGUGGUUCCAAAGUACCUGAAGCUUCUUUUGAACAUGAAAAAAGCUAACUGAGAUCAGCCGGGAAAUCUGUGUUUGGUUGCCAUGCUGUCGACCGCACACCUCCCCCUACAACAGAUACUCCUCAUAAUGUACUAACUACAGUGUGUGCCCAUUUAAAGAGGCACAGGAGACGUAUUCUGUCUCCAGCUUAACAGCAUCUAUGGCCAUGGUUUCUCUGUUUCCCAUGUCUGCUCACGUCUACCUCAGUAGGCUGAGACAGCAGCCAGACAUGGCCGGAUCCCUAGCAGUCUGCUGCAUCUUAGGGUUACCUAGGUCUGAUAUGAAGGAUUCAUGAUUUGUGUAUGAUAUGGAAGUUAUGUUUGUUUGUGUCUCCCCUCCCCC